GAAACUGAACUCAGAGACUGGGCUUCUGUGGUCCCAAACCAGCCCCACAGAGAAAGCAGUGCACAAAGCCUCCUGUGUCAGGGCUGAGCUGCUGAGAGGCAAGCGGAGUUCUCUUGUUUGGGCUGAGGCCAGUUCCUGGGAGGAGAGAUGCUGUAGGGAGGUGUUUGCAUGUGGGACACGGUACAGCCUGGUCCUCUCCCACAGUUGGGAGGGGCCAGAGCCCGAGGACGGUGGGGCUAGUCUGCUGCAGAGGUCAUCUGACUGGCUGUUCAGCUUGGGCGGCACAUACCGCUGUCCUGUACCAGGCCACACCGGAGCUGGUGAGCACACAAGGCACCGCGCCAGAGUCUGACGACACCCACUUUGCCCCCAGCACCUCUGGGUACCCAUGUACCCACAAGAACACACACUUACCUCAGCUCAGAAACUGUGGCUGCUGACCUAAAGAUUCCAGCGGGAAACUCCGAGGGAGAAAGACACGCAGCACAGUGGUGGAAGCUGACGGGCAGGGCAGCCAGUAGCACCAUGUCUGUGGCCCACGGGAAGAUGGGACUCUCCUUGACUCAGGAGAUCCUCAGUCACCUGGGCCUUGCCAACAAGACUGCAGCUUGGGGCACCCUGGGCACCCUCAGAACCUUCUUGAGCUUCAAUGUGGACAAGGAUGUACAGAGGCUGCUGAAGGCCAUAGCAGGCCAAGACCCUGACAGGGCUCUGCCAGGCUCACAGGCCAGCCCUCACCUUGGUUCAGGUGUGGACUGUAUUGCCAUUCUGGACGUGCUGACCAACCGGAGCCGAGAGCAAAGGCAGCUCAUCUCUCGAGCCUUCCACGAACGCACCCAGCAGGACCUACUGAAGUCCUUGCAGGCAGCACUCUCUGGCAACCUGGAGAGGAUCGUGGUUACUCUGCUGCAGCCUGCAGCCCAUCUCGAUGCCCGGGAAUUGAGGACAGCCUUGAAGGGCUCAGGUUCUGCUGAAGAUGUGGCCUUGGAAAUUCUUGCCACCCGAACCCCACCCCAGCUGCAGGAGUGCCUGGCAGUCUACAAACACAAUUUCCAAGUGGACGCUGCAGAGGACAUCAAGUCUGAGACCAGGGGCAUCUUGCGGGACUUGCUCCUGGCCCUGGCCAAGGGGGGCCGCGAGGCCUACACUGGAAUCAUUGACUAUAACCUGGCUGCACAGGACCUCCAGGCAUUAAAGCAGGCUGAAGGACCCAGCACAGAGAGGACGUGGGUCCUCAUCUUCACCCAGCGCAAUCCCGAACACCUUGUCCGAGUGUUGAACCAGUACCAGUGGUACACGGGGCAUGAGUUGGAGAAGACUGUCCGGGCCCGUUUCCAUGGAGCCGCCUGCGUGGCUCUGCUCAACCUAGCCUCGGUGAUCCGGAACACACCCCUGUACUUUGCUGAUAAACUUCAUCAAGCCCUCCAGGAGACUGAACCCAAUUACCAAGCACUGAUGCGCAUCCUUAUUUCUCGAAGUGAGACUGAUCUUCUAAGUAUCCGAGCCGAGUUCAGAAAGAAAUUUGGCAAGUCCCUCUACUCUUCCCUCCAGGAUGCAGUGAAAGGGGACUGCCGGUCAGCCCUACUAGCCCUGUGCCGGGCGGAAGACCUUUGAGACCUCAUCCCCGCAUGACCUUCAAGGAUCUGAGAUUCUCUUGUUUGGCUGAGCCUGCAGGAGACCAGCUGGGCCUCCAAAUAAUGACCCCUCACUGAGCACCACAUGUUCCAGCUUCUUGUUGAGGCCAGAACUCAACGUUGCUUUUAAAUUCCUUCACCUCUCUCAUUUCAAAGUGAUGCCUGCACCUGGAUCCCCUAGCUCUGUCCUGGG